AUGAGCCGUCAGACAAGCUCCCCAAAGGCUACCGAUUUCAGUAUCGCUGCCAUUAUGGCUCGGUCUGCAUCUCCUUCAACCACCAUAAGCCCAUCUCCGAGUUCGUCACCACAACCUUCGUCAUUACCCUCGUCCGCAUCACCAACACCAUGCGCUCCGCCGCGAUCGAAGAAAAUGAAAAAGUCAUCCUCUGAUGAGGAAAAAGCCUCGGGUCCUAAUCCAUACGCUCCUCUGCUACGAGGUGCGUGCAAUUCAGCCGCACUCGAAAAGGUCGAGUGUCAUCUCGAGAACAGGGAUCUCUGGGAGAGGUUCAACGAGCUUGGAACCGAAAUGAUUAUCACCAAAACUGGAAGGAGGAUGUUCCCCACUGUGCGCGUAUCCUUCAGUCAGCUGCCCGUGUCUUCGGAAUACCGCUACCAUGUUCUGCUGGACAUUGUUCCGUGCGACAACAAGAGGUAUCGUUAUGCAUACCACCGAUCAUGCUGGCUGGUCGCUGGCAAGGCAGACCCGCCGUCACCGAAUCGCUUGUACCAGCAUCCCGAUUCGCCGUACGCCAACGACCAGUUGAGGAAGCAGGUGGUCUCCUUCGAAAAGGUCAAGCUCACCAACAACGAGAUGGACAAGCAAGGACAUAUUGUGUUGAACUCUAUGCACAAAUAUCAGCCUCGCAUUCACCUCAUCCGAAGACGGGCGUCUGCGGCCAACAGUCCAAUCGGAAGCGUGGAAGACGAAGAGUGCAAGACUUUCGUGUUCUCCGAGACGACUUUCACGGCCGUGACUGCGUACCAGAAUCAACUGAUCACCAAACUAAAAAUUGACUCGAAUCCUUUUGCGAAAGGUUUUCGUGACUCUUCUCGACUUAGUGAUCUUGAACGCGAGACGAUGGAGAGCAUCCUCGGUGACAAUCCAUUUAGCCGCCUCAUGGCCGAUCCCAGUUUGAUGCCCGGCGGAGGUGUCCUGAGCGGCCUCGGAGGAGUAAGCGGCGGUGGCGGCGCCGCUGCUGCUGCCGCCGCUGCGGCUGCAGAUCCCGCUGCCUAUUUCCAGCAUAUGGCUGCGGCAUACGCCCAACACUUGGCGCUGUUCGCUCAGCAUUCACCUCUAAGUGCACCCACCGCGUCACAAGCGGAAGCGAUUCAACAGCAGCAGAUCUACGCCUUGCGGAUGGCAGCCUUGAGCCAAGCCGCCCUCGUGCAGGCGGCUCAGCAACACAUGCGACAGAGCCCACCCGCGUCCGCACGUUUCAGUCCGUACCCUGUUAUGAGGUCGUCGAUCGCUCCUUCACUGCCCCCCACGCCCGGUCGCUCGAGUCCUCAGAUCGAUGUGUGUUCGCCGUCCCCAGCUAGCUCCCCUGUUCCGGCUCGUUCUCCUUGA